UUCCUCCAUCAAAAAUGACAUAAAAUUUGAGUACUUUUGACUAUACAAAAAAUGAUACGAAUGUAUUUUAAAUAUAAAAAUAAGAAAAACAUUAUGAAUAAGAUCUAUUAUAAAAACAAGAAAAAUAAAAAAAUACUGUAUAAGAUAUAAUAAAUCAAUAAACAAAUGAAUAAUAAAAUGGAAAACAAUUAAAUAAGACUUAAAGUGCAGAAAAAAAUAGUAAAUAAAUAAAUAAUUAACAAAAAACAAACAAAAAUACUAGAAUUUAAUGUCGGAAAUGAAUAAGCAGUUCCUUCCAGUUAGAUCUCAAGAGCAUAUGGAUUUGGUACUUUAGGCUUAUAAUUAGCCUAUGGUGCUGCCAAGGAAUUAUUAAGAACAUCAAUAGGAGUUAAAUAACGCUCAGGUGGGGAAGGAUUAAAAGGUUUACUUUUAUCUGAAGAAAAUGCAGAUAUUCUUACAAAAAAAUUAUGCAAAAUGAGAGGUGCGCCAUUAAAAUUAGCAUAAGCUUUAAGCAUUUAGGAAGAAGAAGUAAUACCAAAACAUGUAAAAGAAGCUUUUGAAAGAGCUAGAUAGUCAGCUGAUAUAAUGCCUUAGUAUUAACUAUAUGAGAUGAUGGUUUAGGAAUUAGGAAAAGAUUGGAAAGAGAAAUAUUUUUCUGAAUUUUCUGAUAUUCCGUUUGCAGCAGCUUCUAUAGGAUAAGUACAUAGGGCAAAACUUUUAGAUGGUACUGAUGUGGCUGUUAAGAUUUAAUAUCCGGGAGUUAAGGAAAGUAUAGAUAGUGAUUUAAAUAACUUAAAAAAAUUGAUGAUUUAUACAGGAUUAUUUCCCAAGUAAAUGUUUUUAGAUAAACUUAUUGAUUAUAGCAGAUUGGAAUUAAUAUAAGAAUGUGAUUAUGUAGAGGAGGCUAAAAAAUAAGAAUAAAUGAGAAAAUUUUUAAAAGGAGAUAAAGAUUAUAAUAUACCUAUGGUUAUAAAGGAAAUUUCUACAAAAAGAAUUUUAACUAGUGAACUAAUACAAGGAGAUUCAAUAGAUUAUAUUUGUUAUAAUUAUAGUUAAGAAGAAAGAAAUGACAUAGGAAGAAGACUAAUGAAACUUACUUUAAGGGAACUAUUUGAAUUCUAAACUAUGUAAACGGAUCCUAAUCCUUCUAAUUUCUAUUUCAAUAGGUUUUAUAAUAAACUAAAUUUAAUAGAUUUCGGAGGAGUACAUUCAUAUAGUGAUGAAUUUAUAGAAGUCUAUUUAAAUGUUAUUUAUAAUGCAACUAUUUAAAAUAGAGAAUAAAUUAUCGAAUUAUCCAAAAAAUUAGGUUAUUUAACAGGCGAAGAAAAUUAAACUAUGAUUAAUGCACAUGUAUAAAGUAUAAUCACUGUAGGUGAACCUUUCGCUUAUGAAGGCAAUUAUGAUUUCGGGAAUUAAACUUUAACUUAAAGAACAUAUUAAUAAAUGCCACUUAUGUUAAAAAAUAGAUUGUGUCCACCUCCUUAAUAAACUUAUUCGAUUCAUAGAAAACUUUCAGGUGCGUUUUUAAUAAGUAUGUAAAUCAAAGCAAAAUAUAAUUGUAAAUAAUUAUUUAUGGAUAUGUAUUAGAAAUAUUAAUAGAAAAAAAAAAUAUGAGGUUUUAAAUU